AUGUUAUUCAAUCUUAUCAUAAUAAAUUUAAAUAUUAUUUUUUUGUUAACUAUGGAAUUAAACGAAUUUACCGUAUUACCUAUUAGAAUUCCUAUUAUUGAAAAUUGUACUAACUUUUUGGGAUUAAUAUUUAUAAUUUUAUUUUUCAAACAUUUGGUUAAUUUUAAACAUUAUCAUAUAAAUAUAAGAAUAAUGUUAAUUACAAUGCUUAUUUAUUUUAUAUUUAUAAUAAGUUCAAGAUUUUUGAUAUUUUUGGCAUUAUUAGAAGGCAAAAUUCUUCGAUCUGUUACAUUUGGUUCACAAAAUAUCUGUUUCUUUUUUUUUCUAAUUCAUCGUGUUGGAUUUUUAGGUUAUAAUUCUAUUUUUUAUAUAAUUGUUAUUGAAAGAACAAUUGCAAGUAUUAGAUAUAAAACAUAUGAAAAUGAAAAAAAAAAGUUGUUAUGUAUUACUAUUGUUUGCCUACACUCCUUAACUAUAUUUGUUAUAAUGUUUUUUCGUUUAAGAGAAUUUGCAAAAAAUAACAAAGAAAUCAACAGAAUACCAUGUUUAAGAAGAAAUGUUGAUAAUGGAUUUUUAAAUGUUAUAUCAUAUGUAAUUUUAAUCAUGACAACAAUAUCUUCUCUAACGUUUUUUAUAUUACUAAUAAUUAAUAAAAAACUAUAUAUAAAAUCAAAUUUAAGAUUUUCAAAAAAUAUCCUUUCUACAAAAUAUCAAAUAUUAGAAAAUUUGCUAUUUCUAAAAGCUCUCCUACCAUGUAUUUUGAAUUUCUUGAUAUCUAGUGUUUUAAAUGGAAUGCUUUUUAUAUAUAUAAUUAGUGAACUUAUAAAAGGAAUAAAUUCAUUGGAGAAAGAAAUAUAUAUUGUAGAGAUGGGACAAAUAUCAGAUAUCAUUUUUUCAAUAUCAUUUGUUACUAUCCCUUUAACAACAUAUAUCACAUUUAAAAGAUUAAAAAAAAUGUAUCUUAAAAAAAACAAUCAUAAUUUAUAUGAUGUCAAAAAACAAAAAGUACCAAAAAACAAUCAAAUACAACCAACUACUGUUAAUGAUAUAUAUUUUAACCAAUUUAAUAAACAAUGGGAUUGUCAGAAACCAAAAAAAUAA